AUGGGGACGGCGGGGCGCAACGGCUCGGAGGCGGCCCGGUGGGGCAACGCGAGCGGCCCUGGGGAGGCGGCUGGGGCGGCGGGGGCGGCUGGGGCCUGGCCGGCGCUGCUGCUGCUGCUGCUGAUCCUGGCGCUGUCGGCGCUGGGCAACGGGGCCGUGGUGGUGGCCAUCGGGCGCCACCGGCAGCUGCGCACCGUCACCAACGCCUUCGUGCUGUCGCUGGCGCUGGCCGAGCUGCUGGGCGCCCUCGUGGGCCUGCCGCCCGCCCUGGCCGCCCUGCUGCGGGGCCGCCCGCCCGGCGCCUGGCUCUUCGGGCCCCGCCUCUGCCUGGCCAGCGCCGCCCUCCACGCCGCCCUGGGCAUGGCCGCCACCCUCACCGUGGCCCUGCUGGCCUUCGACCGCUACUGCGCCAUCGUCCGCCAGCCUCGCCGCCCCCUGCGCCCCCGCCGGGCCGCCCAGCUCCUGGCCGCCGUCUGGCUGGCCGCCCUGGGCCUCUCGGGGCCCUGCUACCUGCUGGCCUCCCACCAAGAGGCGCCCCCGGCGGCGGCGGAGGAAGCCCCCCACUGCUGGUACGCCCGGCCCUGGGUGCCGCCUCGCGGUCCCCGCCUGGGCCCCCCCUACGGCGCGGCCCUCAUCGUCCUCUGCUACCUGCUGCCCUUCGGCCUGAUGUGCUUCUGCCACUACAACAUCUGCCGGGCCGUGAGGCGCUCCGAGAGCCGGGUGCGGCCCGUGGCCCCCUACGGCCCCCCGCUGCUGCGCUCCCCCGGCGAGCUGCGCACGGCCACCACCGUCCUCCUCAUGAUCGUGGCCCUCAUCUGCUGCUGGGGGCCGUACUGCCUCCUCGCCCUGGCCGCCGCCACCGGCGGCCUCUCCUUCUCGCCUACCGCCGACGCCCUGGCCAGCUGGGCCGCCUGGGCCAACGGGGCCGUCAACCCCCUCAUCUACGCCGCCCGCAACCCCAACCUGGCCGCCCUCUUCCGGGGCAGCCGGCGAGGGGGCUACCGGACCCGCAACGACCUGGCCGCCUACCUGGCCGCUGCCCGGGGACGCCGCUGGGAGGCCAAAAGCCGGGCCGAACGUUACACCAGCCAAGGAGGCCGUGGUGGUGGUGGCAGCCACCUCAGCUCCUCCGCUCCGGCCAGUGGAGGAGAGGUGGCCAUGUGGGCCUGCAAGAAUCCCGCCGUUCUCUUUUGCCGCGACGGGCGGCCAGACACCCUUUCCGAAGCGGGCACCCCGCUCAAGCCGGAAACUCUGGACACCAGCCUUUGA